CGUUCGGAAAUACUUCUUUGUUCAGAGUGCAUGUUGGACCCCCGGACACACGUACAAAUAGGUUUGCAGUCAGAAAGGAAAUGAAUCUACCAGAAUGCGGACCCGACGAGGACGUGAAUAGGUGAAAGGCCGAGGAACAAUAGAGGCUCCGGACCCCGGCACCUACUGGGCAAGCGCGACGGAACCGCGCGUACCUUGAUGCUCGGAAGCUCUGUCAACCACCGCCAUGCAGGCAGACGGCAUUCUAGCAGGCCUUUCGGAAAUACCUGCGCAUAUCCUUCAUGCGGAAUUGCUCCGUAGACAACAGGACAACGAUGAGCGACCAGAAUGCGGAAGCAAAGGGGCGAAGGGCCACUACAAUACACCCAUACAUGUCUUCGCCUUGUUCUUAAUACUCACACUUAGCACUGCGGGUUCGUACGUUUCUUCACAUACCCUCCAAUGCACUGCUGACUGUCUCACAGCUUGCUCCUUCCCUGUGGUCGUCAAGCGCUUUCCUUCGAUACCCGUUCCCCACCAAUUCCUCUUCAUAUCUAGGCACUUCGGCACAGGUGUCCUGAUAGCGACCGCUUUCGUCCAUCUCCUCCCUACCGCCUUCGAGUCCCUCACCGACCCAUGUCUACCCCCGUUCUGGAACAAGGGCUACUCGGCCAUGCCGGGCUUGAUAGCCAUGACAUCAGUCUUUGUAGUAGUAGGCGUUGAGAUGUUCUUCGCAUCAAGGGGAGCAGGCCAUUCGCACUCGACUGGCUACGAAAACCUAGGCCUUGACGACCAUGCUGCGACUGCGCGCCCGGGCCACAAGAGAAGCCAUAGCUAUGGGAGGUUCAGCAACGGCACACCAGGAGCGAAUGGCCACAUACCGGGCAUCAUGCUGCACGAUGUCGAAUCUUCAGCCAAUCUGAUGGCAGGCCGAUCGCCGUCGUUUUCCCUGGCAUCGCCGAUGACGCCCAAUGAUUCUAUAGGCCGGAAAUCCAUUGACGACGACAAUGACUCAGAUCUGGAGAUAAGCAGAGAAGAGCUCGCCCGUCAAGAUGAGGACAACUCAGAAGACGAGUCUCGCCUGUUGCCUGGGCCCCAUGCUCACAAUCCUACCCACCAACCUGGCGGCGAAUCCUCUGAAGAUAUGGAGAAAACCGAAGCCCAGAAUAAAAAACUUCUCUUGCAAUGCCUACUGCUCGAAGCCGGAAUCCUCUUCCACUCCAUCUUCAUAGGCAUGGCGCUCUCGGUCGCCACUGGCACCGCAUUUAUCGUCUUCCUCAUAGCCAUCUCCUUCCACCAAACCUUCGAAGGCUUCGCACUCGGCUCCAGAAUCAGCGCCAUUCGCUUUCCAGCUGGAUCACCGAAGCCGUGGCUAAUGGCCCUAGCUUACGGAACCACCACACCCAUUGGGCAAGCAAUAGGUCUAGCUAUACACACCUUGUACGACCCAGCAAGUGAAGCUGGCUUACUAACUGUGGGCUUCAUGAACGCCAUAUCCAGCGGCUUGUUGCUAUUUGCUGGCUUGGUGGAGCUACUUGCUGAAGAUUUUUUAAGUGACGAGAGCUAUGAGACGUUACAGGGGAAGCGGCGACUACAGGCCUGUGCCAGUGUCGUAGCAGGGGCAUUGUUGAUGGCACUAGUCGGCGCAUGGGCAUAGUUCCCAACGUUCUCUUCUUGUAUAUACUAAGCGCAUCAUGCAUAUAUCUGGCGUUAUGGCUGGUCACAUGCAGGCUAGCCUGCUUCGUAAUCAUAAUCACCAGUGACUUUCGCAGAAGCCUCGGUUGGCUUGAUCUUGUUGUUCAUAUGCGUAUCGCCACAUGCGAUGUGACAUUACGGACUUGUCCGUUGCAUUCCAGGUUUAUUUUUCGACCUCCUCUUGUUCUUCUGUACUUCCUACUCUGUACAGCCCUUCAGCGCCACCGUCUUCGUGAUCGCUCCCGAUCCCAGCUUCCUUCUCUAAUGCU